AUGAAGGGAGGACUUGCUGCUGCCGCCGUUGCGGCCAUGGCUACCGGUGCUCAGGCCGCUUACCCUCACCACCGCCGGGCUCAUGAGAUGUUCCGACGUGGUGGAGAGGUCUGCGUUCCUACCUGCACCACCAUCUGGACCACUUACUAUGGCGAGCCUACUCUUGUCCCCAACCCUCCUUCUACCCCCAAGCCCACCAAGGAGGCCGUCACAACUCAUGAGGCUGUCAAGCCCAAGCCCACCACCGUUCAUGAGGUUCCUACCUAUGAGGCUCCCAAGCCUGUUGCUCCCACCACCACCAAGGUCGUCCCGGUCAUCCCCGUCCCGACUCCGGAGGAGUACAAGUGCCCUACUCCCGGCACUUACACUUUCCCUGCCACCACCAUGACCGUCACCGAGUCCACCACCGUUUGCGUUGGCGAGACCACCAAGGUCCCCGCUGGAACCCACACCAUGGGAGGUGUCACCACCAUCGUUGAGACUGCAACCACAGUCACUUGCCCCUACGCCAAGGAGACCGAGCACGAGGGUGUCGUUACCAGUGUCAUUGAGACCACCACAUAUGUCUGCCCAUCUGCUGGCACUUACACCAUUGCUCCUAUCACCAAGACCUGCGAGGAGGAGACCGUCAUCGUCUACCCUGUCCCUACCAGCUACGCUCCUGGUACUUACACCGCCCCUGAGCAGGUCGUUACUGUCACCGAGACCGACUACGUGUAUGUCUGCCCUUACUCUCAGUCCGGUGUUCCCGCCACCACCAAGGUUCCCGAGGCCCCUAAGCCCCAGCCUCCCAAGGAGACUAAGCCUGUCUACGAGGCUCCUAAGUCCCAGCCCGAGGUCACCAAGCAGGAGCAGCCUACCAAGCCUGUUUAUGAGGCUCCCAGCAAGGUCCCCGAGACUCCUGCUUCCACCAAGCCCUCCUAUGAGAAGCCCUCCGAGGCUCCUAAGCCCAAGACCCCCAAGAAGCCUUCCAGUCCUGGAAACCUGAAGGGUGGAAACGACCACUACGGUAUUACCUACACUCCCUACGUCGCCUCUACCGGCAAGUGCAAGGGUGCCGACCAGGUUGACAAGGACAUUGCUGCCCUCAAGGAGGCUGGUUUCCAGAUCAUUCGAUCUUACUCUACUGACUGCGAUACACUCGAGACUGUUGCCCCCGCCUGUAAGAAGCACGGCAUUGACAUGAUCGUCGGUGUUUUCGUCAAGGCCUCUGGCUGCACUUACGAAACCCCCGAUAUCAAGGCUCAGGUCGACGCCUACGCCGAGUGGGCUCAGUGGGACCAGGUCAAGCUCUUCACUGUUGGUAACGAGGCUAUCAUGAACAAGUUCUGUUCUCCCCAGCAGCUUAAGGAGCUCGUCACUGUCGUCAAGGAGAAGUGCUCCGGUUACACCGGCCCUUACACCAUCGCCGAGACCCUCGACAUCUGGGAGCGCGAGGAUGUUCAGGGUACUAUCUGCGAUAUUGUUGAUGUCACCGGUGCCAACAUCCACCCUUACUUCAACGCUGAAACCACCGCUGACAUGGCUGGUGAGUUCGUCGCUGGUCAACUUGAGAUCCUCCGUGGUAUCUGCAAGGGCAACGAUGUCAUCAACCUGGAGUGUGGCUGGCCCUCAAGCGGUAACUGCAACGGCGUUGCCUGCCCUGGUAAGUCUGAGCAGGCCAAGGCUAUCAAGUCCAUCCGCGAGAGCUGUGGUGACAAGACCGUCUUCUUCUCCUUCGAGGAUGAUCUCUGGAAGGAGCCCGGUGCUUGCAACUGUGAGCGAAGCUGGGGUUGCGGCUCUUCUUUCACCGGCUACUAA